AUGCACAAGCUAGCCAAGGGCCUGAAGAAGAAGAAAAAGGGCAAGAAAGGCAAGAAAGGCGAGGACGACGAGGAGUUCGAUCCUGAGGAGCUCGAGCGUUACAGGCGCGAGCGGGCAGAGGCCCAGCAGAAGCUAGCGGAAGCAGCGAGCAGCGGCGAGGCCAGCGCAGCCGCUGGAGGCAACGACGAGUGGAAAAAGUUCCAGGCGCUAACCUCGGGCGUCGACUCGAUCCUCAAGAAAACCCAGGACGAUCUCGACCGCAUCAAGUCGACCUCGUUCUUCCAGCGCAAGGCCCCCGAGCCCGAGCCCGACCCAGAGGACGAUCCCGAGGUCCAGGCCAAGAAGCAGGAGCUCGCCAAGAAGUACGUGGGCUUCGACAAGGACGGCAAUCCUAUCGAGCUCAAGGAGGAGCCCGAGGACAAUAAGGUCAAAGCCUUACCGGUCACAGAGGACGGCAUCGUCGAGCUUCCCGACGACGACGACAACGAGCAUGAGGACUCGGCCGACGAGGACAUCUUCGAUACGACCUACGUCGAUGCGCUUCAGAACAUCGAGGUAGAGCUCGCCUACAUUCCCGACAGCCCGACUCAGGAGGAACUUGGCGACGAUCCUUUCGACACCUCCAACGCCGACAAGGUUCUCAAGGUCGUCGACAAGACCGGCAAGAAGCUCGUCAGCUUGGGCAAUGCCGUCGAGGUACUCUCCGGCAGAGUUGACCACGUGAGCACCUGCAAGAUCGGCAGAAAUCGGCCCAGGCCGAAGAAUCAGGAUCUUCUCGGUGACUUCGACUCCGAGGAGCCGAUCGUUACGGUAGACAAUCCCGACGCCGACGCCGAACCAGUCGAGGUCGAGAAGACUCUGCUCGACGACGACAGCGAUCUUCCCGACAUACCGAUCGACCUUACCAAACUCCCGCCGAUUCUGACCAGACCGGUUACUCCGGCGACCAACGGCGACAAUCAGACCGAGGAGAACAAGCCUCUUGACAUCUCCGAGUUCGAGCUAGAGCCGAAGACUCUGCUGGAUGAGAUACCGGUUCUAGACGACGAGGAGUUCGACCUUGACGGACCGGUUGAACCGGUCGUUUUAGAGGAAGCCGACGACCCGUUCGCCGAGAAGGAGCCGGAGAAGCUCGACUUCCAGGAGGAGAUAAUCGAGGCAAGCUUCGAGGCGGCCACCUUCGUCAACGAGGACGACCCCUUCGACACUACUAUCGCCGACAACCUUGUGCCCGGCAAGACCGAGCUCAAGUUCAUCGAGAAGGAGCUAGAGGAUUUCCCUAUAUCCGAGGUCUCGAUUUCGCUCACCGAUCCCUGCGGACUCCACCGCGACUAUGAGACUGGACUCCUAAAAGCCAAAGCCCAGGCUGCUCUCAGUGUUGCGAAGAAAGAUCUUCUAGGGGGAUCCAAUACCGAUCUCAGCCAGUUAGCCGAUCAGCCCAUCAAGCCGGUCGAGGAGAUCUCCUACGUCGAUCCGUUCGACACCUCGACUAUUCAAGAGCUGCCACCCGGUAAGACAGAGUUGAAAUUUUUGGAGAAGGAGCUUCUUGGCGAGGUCAAGAAAUCGGCACUCGACGACUUAGACGACGACGACUUUGACCCCAGAGCAGAGGAGGCACCGGCACCGGAGAAGAAGAAACCACCUCCGCCGAGACCACCAUCCAUAUCCAGAGGAUCUACACCAACGCCUGAAGUUCAGUUCCAGGUGAAGGAAGAGGAUUUCGAGUUUCAAGCACAGGCCGUAACCAAGGGCAGGAAACCCUCGAGACCUGAGGCGCUCGACAUUUUACCCAAGACCGUAGCCUUCGAGUUACCCACUCCGUCGAAGAAACCGGAUCUUCUAGCUUCCAGCGAAGAGGAAAAGUCUCUACCAGGCAAACCUCUGACGCCGUACUAUCCGCAGAAGUCCCUGGAUGAGGUUCUUCCUCCAGAGCAGGAACUAGACGAAACCGAGGUUGACCCCUUCGACACCAGCUUCGUACCUAGCACCGCGCCCGGUAAGACAGAGCUCAAGCUCAUCGAAUCCGAGCUUCUCCAGGAGGAUCCAGUCGCCACGGGUCUCACCCACAGCUUGAGCGACCACGACUUCGAUCCCAGAUCCGGACAGCCAGCUCAACCGCAGAACCGACGUCAGAGCGAUUUUGGAACAGUCACCGGUAGAUCGAACGUCGUCAAGAGUUCCGACGUCAUCGAGUCUCUGAUCAACAAGAGGAAGGCUCUCGACAAGCGACAGGACAGCAUCCUAGACACCGACGUCGAGGUGCCUGUCGAGCCUUUGGCGCCCAACGUCAAGCCUAGUACCAUCGAAGAGGAAGUCGAGCUCUCGUACAAGGACCCCUUCGACACCUCUCACGCCACAGACAUCCUACCGGGUAAAGCCGAGCUCAAGCUUUUGGAAAACGAGCUCAGCCAGGUACCCGAGCCUGGUCCCAUCAAGCUCCAUCCGGUCAUUGAGCAGGUGAUCAAGAAGUCCAUCGUUGAAGAGGAUCCAGACUUUGACCCUCGUGCAGAGGAGGCCAAGGACAAGGAUAUCCUCUGCCUGGACACCCAGGAGGUGCCCAGCGGCAAGAUCUUGACCCCGCUUCAGGACAGUGACUUUGCUGCCGAGGACAUUGAUCCGUUCGACACCAGCUUCGCCAGUGUGGACCCCACCAAAACCGAGCUGAAGCUGCUCGAGUCCGAGCUGAUCAACAAGUAA